GACAAAGUUUCAGAGGCUAAUCUUAGAAAAAGGAAGGAAAGAGCAAUAAAAAUCUUUAAACUCUUUGAUGGAGUUGAAGGAGAAGGAAAGAUAUAUUGUAUUAAGUCUUUUUCUGCGUCAACUAUUUCGAGACUGGGCAUGGAUGAUAUUGAUUAUGUAAAAGCUAAG